AUUAUUUAUUCACAUUUGAUGACUUGAAAAAGCAUGUCUGCGGCUACUACUAAUAAGUAUUCAACACGACUAUAUACCAUAAGGUAACGCCAGCACUUCUUCUCUGACUCCUUCCUUAGCUGUAAGUUAAUCUAGUUUUCAAAGCCUCAGAGAAACUGAGAAGACUUUUUAUUGGAAAUAGGGGGAAAAAGGGUCUCUUUAUUCCUUAUUGGAUCGUGUUUCAGAAUUCCACUGUGUGUUUUCAUUGAAUUUUGAGUAGAGAUCUAUCUUCAGAGAAAAAGCAAAUGGCAACUUUUGGAGGGACAACACAGAAGUGUAAGGCCUGUGAGAAAACUGUAUACUUGGUGGAUCAACUUAAGGCUGACAGUAGAGUCUAUCACAAGGCUUGUUUCAGAUGCAAUCAUUGCAAGGGUACUCUUAAGCUAGGUAACUACAAUUCCUAUGAAGGAGUUUUAUACUGCAGACCUCACUUUGAUCAACUAUUCAAAAUGACCGGAAGCCUGAACAAGAGUUUUGAAGGGGGUCCAAGAACAGCCAAGGAAAGAUCUCUUGAUAAGUCACAAUCAAACAACAAAGUUUCUGCUUUGUUUGGGGGAACUCAAGAUAAAUGUGUUGCAUGCAAGAAAACUGUUUACCCCCUGGAAAAGGUGGCUGUUGAUGGCACUUCGUACCACAGGCCUUGUUUCAAAUGUAGUCAUGGGGGCUGUGUGAUCAGCCCAUCAAAUUAUGUGGCCCAUGAUCACAAGCUCUAUUGUAGGCACCAUCAUACGCAACUCUUCAAGCAAAGAGGUAACUUCAGCCACAUGGAAGACCAGGAGAAGAUCAAAGGUGUAACUGAGAAUGGAAAAGCAUGAGUCCUGCCACGAAAGUUUUCAUGUUCGUGUGAUUUUGCAAUACAACAUGCAUCGAGAGUCAGCCUUCUGGCCUAACGGGUCCAGAUGUUAAACACAUAUAUAGAAGACGGUUAUUGUCAAUGCCUAAACGUGAUAUUUUCAGGAGAGUCAGCAGAGUUUCACUUACAUUUUUCUUUUUCUAUUGGUGUGUGCUUUACUUGAUAAAGCUAAUAGUUUUGCCUAAAGUAUGUACAUUGUGAUUGCUCUUGUGGUUGUCUGGAAAUUGGAGUGGCUUUUUUCAGGGAAAGGUCCACUUUC